CCGUGUGCAAACCGGCUGGCUAUGACUAGGACGGGCACGACGCGAGAACAGCCAUUCGAAUCCAGUAUUAGUGCGGUGUAGAGUGCUUCUCGGUGUUUUUUCAUCUUCGCGCCUGCCUGCCUGCCUGCUUGUCUGUCUGCCUUCCUCCCCGAAUCGAGUUUUACCGACGUUUCAAUUUUCGUGAUCAGAGAACCCGAUAAACCCGGUGUAUAAACAAAAUGCCUUUCAAACCAGUAGAGCACCCCAAGUGUCCCAAAUGCGGUAAAUCCGUGUACGCCGCGGAAGAACGCGUCGCCGGCGGACUCAAAUGGCACAAGAUGUGCUUCAAGUGCGGUCUUUGCGGCAAAUUGCUCGACUCGACAAACUGCUCCGAGCACGAGGGCGAGCUUUUUUGCAAAGUGUGCCACGGACGCAAGUUCGGUCCUAAAGGCUACGGGUUCGGUGGAGGCGCUGGUUGCCUGUCCAUGGACCAGGGCGAACACUUGAAGAGUAGCGAGGAACUCGCGAGGGGAUCUAACGCCGUCCUGGAGUCGAGAGCCAUCGCGAAGGCGCCGGAGGGCGAGGGAUGUCCCCGAUGCGGAGGAUACGUGUACGCCGCCGAGCAGAUGCUGGCUCGAGGAAGGCAAUGGCACAGGGAAUGCUUUAAAUGUGCCAACUGCUCCAAGAGAUUAGACUCGGUGAACUGUUGCGAGGGUCCUGACAAGGACAUCUACUGCAAAGUAUGCUACGGAAAGAAAUUUGGACCAAAGGGUUAUGGCUACGGCCAGGGUGGCGGUGCCCUACAAAGCGACUGCUACGCCAAUGGCGACGCUGCUCCUCGUACCACCGUAGUCGACACGGCUAUAAUCAAAGCCCCGCCCGGCAAGGGUUGUCCACGCUGUGGCGGCGUGGUGUUCGCCGCUGAACAAGUGCUCGCGAAGGGUCGCGAGUGGCACAGGAAGUGUUACAAGUGCCACGACUGCACCAAAACCCUCGACUCGAUCAUCGCAUGCGACGGUCCCGACAAAGACGUCUACUGCAAGACUUGCUACGGGAAGAAAUGGGGACCACACGGAUACGGAUUCGCCUGCGGCUCGGGAUUCCUCCAGACCGACGGAUUAACGGAGGAGGAAAUCUCGGCCAAUCGGCCGUUCUAUAAUCCUGACACGACGUCUAUCAAGGCGCCAGCAGGUCAGGGUUGCCCCCGCUGCGGCGGCAUGGUGUUCGCCGCUGAACAACAGCUGGCGAAAGGGACGAUGUGGCAUAAGAAGUGCUUCAACUGCGCCGAAUGUCAUCGGCCACUGGACUCGAUGCUGGCUUGCGACGGGCCCGACAAGGAAAUCCACUGCCGAUCUUGCUACAGCAAGCUGUUCGGACCUAAAGGGUUCGGCUUUGGCCACGCACCGACUCUCGUGUCGACUAACGGGGAUCACGCUCCCUCUUACAUCGACUCGAAGCCGCAGUUGGGCCAGAAGCGAAACGACGGGCACGGAUGCGCCCGUUGCGGCUACCCGGUGUAUGCCGCAGAGCAGAUGAUCUCUAAGAAUCGGCUGUGGCACAAGCGUUGCUUCAGCUGCGCCGAGUGUCACCGUUCGUUAGACUCGACGAAUCUGAACGACGGCCCAGACGGUGAUAUCUACUGCCGCGGUUGCUACAACCGAAAUUACGGGCCGAAGGGUGUCGGCUUUGGCAUGGGCGCAGGCACCCUGACGAUGGCUUAAGCUCCGUCACGCUCGAACACCAGUCUUAUGAAUAUAAAUAUAAACGUAAAUAUAAUUAUAUAUAAUUAUACGCGCGGCUGAGGUGGGAGCCAAUUGACAUUGGAUUCUGCGUUUAUUCGCGGGUAUAGGAAUAUGUAUAUGUAUAGACGCCUGAUUCCUCGACGAAACAAAAACUGACGAAGAACCACGCUGCUCCAAAAAUUCGCGAACCAUUUCAACUGCUAUUCAAAACGACGAAAUGCUGAUACUUUCAAUCGACGAUUAACGAAGACUGCACACGGAGUGCGUUCGAACGACCACGAUUCAUCGAAUCAACGAGUCAAGCUUUUAUUACUUUUGUACGGAUUCGCGGGACGGAAGCUCGGUCCCCCUUUUCCCGGGAGAAUUUCGUGGCGAAGUCGGGCGAACCGGUCCUCUUGUUUUAAUUUUUUUUUCUUCGCCGGGAAAAGGGAGCGGGCGUCGCAGAGAGAGUACAAAGGACUAAAUACCUGUAUCCGAACCUUGAAUCAGGAGCAACGAUUGUAAAUUGACGACGAAAGUGACGAGCGAAGAAAGUUGAUUAUUUUCAAUAAAUGUAUAUUUCGAAAAAAGAGAACGAAAACGAAGUGAACGGGUGGGGGUGUUGGCCUGUGGUUUCUUUCUCGUGGGAUAUUCCGACAUUCUCGACAUUCCAGUUGCGCGAAAGGAAAACUCAUCGUUUCCAACGAGGCCUCGCCACCGGAGAUGCACGAGCACCGAAGCAUUUAUUAUAGAAAAAUAUUGUUGUCGGCAGAGUCAACGACGUGCUCGCAAAAGUGAACGUUCUUCCAAUUAUUUAUUAUUAUUAUUGAAUUUGAAAAACGAGGUUGACGACGUGCGCUUAUUUCAUAUACUGAUUACGGAUACUACGAAUAGUCGAAAUCAGAAAGUAUGACACGCGCGUUUCUCUUCUAAUUCAGGGAUUAAUUCGACGAUCGAGAAGCGAUAAGUUUUCCUUGGAGCCUUGAAACAACGGGAGACCGGCUUUCGUUUUCUCACCUUCCAUUCACUCUCUCGAUCGCUCAUAAUUUUUCUCGUACUAGGGGACUAACAUUAUCCUUAUUACGAAUGGACCUUAAUAAAUCUUAAGCUAAAUGUAUAA